ACCCAUACGAAAACACUGCAAGGCGGGGGAAAUAAUAAUCAUUGUCGGUGGUGGUGCUGCUGUUGCAAGGGAACCGCAUCUUUUCCGAUGUCUUCAGGCUGCCCGGAUCGUUUGUUUAUCUGCGGCUCCCCGUUUAUUAGUGUCAUCACCGGCCCUUCUCGGUCGAUAGAAUGAAAGAAUGGCCAAGCGGCGAGAUGCGGACAAGGAGAGCGGAGAGCUGAUCGGCCCUGCUGCGGUCCAGCGAGAUGAGACGCCGUAUCCCGGGAUGGCAAAAAUGGACGGAAUGGAGGAAAGAGGGGGAAGUGAACUGUCUUUAGAGGAGAUUUUAAUGCUCUACAGCCAACCGAUAAACGAAGAGCAGGCUUGGGCAGUGUGUUACCAAUGCUGCAUAAACCUGGCUCAGGGACAUAGGAGGAAUUCUGGCCCAGCUGCCGGUGCAUCAGUGGUGGAUACUCCGAAAAGGAUUGAGGGACCUCGGGAUGUGAGGAUUCAGAAAGACGGAGAUGUCAAAUUUCAAUAUGAAGGCUGUGAUGGUAAAUCCAUCCCAGCCACAUCAACAGAGGUGAUUGAGUCUCUGGGCAUCAUGAUCUACAAGGCGUUGGACUACGGACUGAAGGAGAGCGAGGAGCGGGAGCUGAGCCCACCCCUGGAGCAGCUCAUAGACCUCAUGACCAACAUGGGCGAGGCCGAGAGAGACGCCUGCCCUGACGAAGGUUACGAGGCCACCGAGGAAGAGGAGGAGGCCGAAGACGACCCCAUCAACAUCUGUAAUGUUCGUGGCUACAGGGACAUCCUGAGGAUGUGUGUGUCUCACCUCCCCAGCCCUGGCGACGCCCCCAGCCACUACCAGGCUGUGUGCCGUGCUCUCUACGCUGAGACCAGGGAGCUACGCUCCUUCCUGGAGAAGAUCAAGAGUGCCAAAGAGAAUCUUCGGAAGAUGGGUGGCGAGCCGUCUGAGGAUCCCAGCAGAGACCUAAAUGAGCUCCAGAAUGCGGACUGG